UAGGACAAAGACACUUCUCAUAUAUUGUAGAAAGGAAGAAGAACCCCAUCCGAGUUAACUGUUAACCCGUCCGGCCCUUUCCUGCUGUUGUGAGCUACAGGAUAAGUCCAAAGUCUGACCAGAUCAGUAUCACUCACUCUGCUGAAAGACUGACAGAGCUGUCAAAUGAUGACUGAACUGGAUUUCAUUUCAAGACGAUCCCCUGUUGUGUGUACUGGUGGUUGUGUAGCAUCAAGUCAGCCGCUUGCAACAGAUAUUGGCCUAGAUAUUCUGAAAAAAGGGGGAAAUGCAGCUGAUGCCGCGGUUGCUGUUGCUGCUGCCCUUAAUGUUACUGAACCCUGUAGCACUGGAAUCGGUGGAGACUGCUUUUGUCUGUAUUACAGUGCAGAAACUAAACAGCUCCAUGGACUCAAUGGAAGUGGAAGAUCUCCAAUGACGCUCAGCAUUGAUCUGUUGAAAGAAAAAGGAUUUAAUGAGGAAAAUCCUGUCCCUCCAACCCAUGCACUCAACAUCACAGUCCCUGGGGCUGCAGCUGCUUGGGUUGACACUGUUUCUUUCUUUGGAAGUAAAAAGCUAACAUUGGAUGAGAUACUUAAGCCUGCAAUUGAACUGGCUGAAAAUGGCUUCCCAGUGUCUGAAAUUUGUUCUUACAUAUGGAAUAAAAGAGCCCACCUUUUCCAGAGUCCAAAUAACCUGUAUGGGCAAGAAUUGCUCAUUGGUGGGCAAGCUCCACAACAUGGACAGCUUUUCAGAAAUCCUUCUUUGGCAAAUACAUUUAAGGUUUUGUCUGAAAUGGGGAAGAAGGGAUUCUAUGAAGGUCGGAUUGCAGAAGCUGUUGUGCAAAUUGUGAAGAAAAAUGGCGGAGUUAUGCAGCUAGAUGACUUGGCAAGCCAUGCAACCGAAAAAGUGCAACCCAUAUAUGCCACAUAUAAGGGAAUAAAAGUUUGGGAAUUACCUCCAAAUGGACAAGGAAUCAUAGCUCUUAUGGCUCUAAAUAUGCUGGAAAGCUUUCAUUUGAAAGAUAUGGGCCACAAUAGCACAGAUUAUCUGCACAUCCUAACUGAAGUUCUGAAGUUAAGUGCUUUAGAUGGUUCAUGGUACUGCACUGACCCUGCUUAUACUUCUGUACCUGUGGAACAGUUGCUCAGUAAAUCCUACGCUGAAAGAAGAGCAAAGCUUAUCAAUCUGCAAAGAGCAUCAGAAGAUAAUACCCAUGGAAACCCUUAUGAAACUGGGAGUGACACCGUUUAUUUUUCUGUGGUAGAUCCCCAAGGCAAUGCCUGUUCUUUUAUAAACAGCAAUUAUCAAGAUUUUGGCACAGGACUAGUGCCAGAGGCCUGUGGGUUUACCUUGCAAAACCGAGGGAAAAACUUUUCACUGUCAAAGGACCAUCCAAACUGCUUAGCACCUGGCAAACGUCCCUUUCAUACCAUCAUCCCCGCCAUGGCUACAACUGCAGAUACGCAGGACUUGUUGUGUUGUUUUGGUGUGAUGGGAGCAUUCAUGCAAGCUCAGGGACACGUUCAGGUUCUUUUAAACAUGGCAGAAUUUGGGAUGAAUCCUCAGCAAGCCCUUGAUGCUCCUCGCUUUUAUGUAGAAUACUACAAACAAGUUACAGGCCAGAAAUGGCAGCUGUACCUUGAGGAUGGAAUUUCCAAGAUGACAGCGGAUGAACUGGAAGCAAGAGGCCAUGAGAUCCACUGGCCAAUUUGUAGCCACGAUAGGAAGCUAUUUGGACGUGGCCAGAUCAUCUCCAAAGGGGACUGGUGGAGGCCCAGUGAUGUCUGUAGUAAUGAUAGCAAGGUGUGGUGGGCUGGAUCAGAUCCCAGAGCAGAUGGCUGUGCAAUGGGAUACUGCAUGAAGUAAAUGCCAGGAGAAACAACAUUCUAAAUGGUUCCCUAGUUUUCUUAGUUGCAUUAUCAGUUUCUUAAAAUUUCUUGAGAAUGUGGUAGAACAAUUCUAAUAAAAAGGUAAUUAUCAUCA